GAGAGAGAAGAAACGGGGUGUUGCCGCCUCAGAGACACGCUCACGCAUCACAGAGUAACAGCAGCAGGGUGAGGACAGAGCAUCCCCUCCAUCGUUCUCUCUGGGAAAACAACACUGCUUGUUCAAUUAUUGAAGCCGUACAAAAGCCGUUGCAUUAUUAAACGUAAUCAAAGCGGAGAUAUUGUGGAGCUACUCUGCACCUCGUCAUCAGGAGAGGAGAGCGAAGAGAGCUCGGUGUGAAAGCAGGCGGACCGUUUCAGCGCAGCACCUUGGACAGCGACCAUGGCUCCAAUGGUGGAGGAAGGAGCGCAGCUCGUGGCAGUGCCAGUCGGUGUUGCUGUGGUGAGUGUCUUUGGCCUUGUCUUCACCGUGUCAGCCUUUGCGUGGAUCUGUUGCCAGCGUAAAAACACCAAAUCCCAGAAGACACCUCCUUACAAGUUUGUGCACAUGCUCAAAGGGGUCGACAUCUACCCGGAGAGCCUCAGCGGCAAGAAGAAGUUCGCUGCACCAGCCGCCAUGACAACUAACGACACCAGUAAAACUGAUGUAAACGGAAACUGCCACACUGCAUCGCCAAUGAGUCCGACCGGCACCGGUAAACUGGCGUCAAGUCCAAACGGUUCUAGACCGGCUCUGCAUCUGGAUCUGGAGAAACGGGAUCUGAAUGGCAACUUCACCACCAAGCCAUUUCAUCACCACCACCAGAAGGUGCGCAGCUCCCCAGACCUCGAGCUGCCCUCUCCCCAUGCAGGGUUCAGCCAACCUGGGGUGAUGGACCGCAAUGACCUCCCUUCACCAUCCAGCACCCUCUCCAGCCAGGCACCCACCCCGGCCGUGGACAAACCCCAGGGGGAGGACAGGGAGGGCGGACUAGGGACCCUCCACUUCUCCCUGGAAUACCAGCCAGAGAAGAAGGCAUUCAUUGUCCAUAUUAAGGAAGCCCAUGGCCUGACCCCAACUGAUGAGCAGUCGCUGACCUCUGACCCUUACAUCAAGCUGACCCUGCUGCCAGAGAAAAAGCACCGGGUGAAGACCAGAGUCCUGAGGAAGACUCUGGACCCCGCCUUUGACGAGACCUUCAGCUUCUACGGGAUCCCACUGGCCCGAGUGUCAGAGUUGGCCCUUCACUUCAUGGUGCUGAGCUUUGAUAGGUUCUCCCGUGAUGAGGUCAUCGGAGAGACCCUUGUACCCUUGUCUGGGAUCGACUUAUCAGAGGGGCGUAUUCUGAUGAGCCGAGAGAUCAUCAAGAAGAAUGUCAAGAAGUCCUCAGGCCGAGGCGAGCUCCUGCUCUCCCUGUGUUACCAGUCCACCACCAACACUCUGACCGUGGUCGUCCUCAAAGCUCGCCACCUGCCCAAGACUGAAAACAAUGGACCUACAGAUCCAUACGUCAAGGUGAACAUGUACCAAGGGAAGAAGCGUGUGUGCAAGAAGAAGACCCACGUGAAGAAGUGCUCCCCCAACCCGGUCUUCAAUGAGCUCUUUGUCUUUGAUCUGCCCUCCAACGAGGGCCUGAGGGACACCAGCGUGGAGCUGCUGCUGAUGGACUCAGACAUAGGCAACUCACGCUGCCCCAACACCAUCCUGGGGCGCCUGGUGUUGGGCACGUCGGUGACGGGCACGCCCGGCGAGCACUGGAGGGAGAUCUGCGACCACCCGCGUCGCCAGAUUGCCAAGUGGCAUGGUUUGUCAGAGGAUUAGAAAGCCGGGGUAUUGCUGGAUUCCAUCUUCCAUGUCUGAUCUGGUCCAACCACGAGAGGGAUGGAAAGAGGAUGGGUGGGAUUUAAUGUCCUGCUAGCCAUUACCCAUUGGACUUUCAGUGAGGGCGGGUAGGAAACAAGGGGGAGGGGACUUUGAUGUUGUGUGGAGGGUCAUUUGAAGUGAUGUCAUCAUUCAAUCAAUCAUUCAUUCAUUCAUUCACUUAUCUUUGAAGUUAUUGGGGUUCAGCUAGGAGGCCGGGGCAUGACAAAGAGAACCCCAUAGCUUUAAUGAUCCCAAAGACUGUCAACGAAAAUCACCCGGUAACAUGCAACAUCAUCUCCAUGGCAACAACCAAUAGUCACUGUAACCGUGUGCAGUGCAGAAUGUCUUAAAUGUCGCUAUUAUUCUUCUUUUCUUCCUCUGCUCCUUCUUCUUCUUCUUCUUCUUCUUCUUCUUCUUCUUCUUCUUCUUCUUCUUCUUUUUUUUUCAGCUCUUCCUUCUAUAAAUAGUAACCUAGUCCAUCGUAUGAAAACUGAAUGAACCACAUCUGACAAUGCUGUAAAAAUGUGCAUUAUUAAAGUUUAUUUUAUAACGCAGUGUUUUCUUCAUAAAGAAGUAGAUUUUUUUUUAUUUAUGUUCUUGUUUUGUACUCUUAUGGUUGAUUUGUUGAACAUGUUUUGUAAGUAUAAGUGGUAUUUCAUAUAUGAUUACUUAUUAAGUACAAGAAAGCCUAAAUUAGGUGGUUUGAGAAAAGACGGGAACAGAGUGCACUGGGGACAGUUUUGGUGUGUGUGUGUGUGUGUGUGUGUGUGUGUGUGUGUGUGUGUGUGUGUGUGUGUGUGUGUGUGUGUGUGCUCUCUGAAGAGAUGUUGAGCCACUGUUUACUGUAGGUGUUUUGUCCCCCUUACUGUGAGCACAAAGACAGCUGAAAUGUAAAUGUAUGUACCUUACUA